UGGAAAAGGUUUGUCUAAGGAUGAGAAAGCACAAAAGUUAGCUCUUCAACAUUGGCUUGAAGCUAUUGGUCCACGCCAUCGGUAUAGACACAAUUUACACAUGUACUACGAUUUGUGGUUUGAAAGUCAGAGCAGCCAGCCUUUCUUCUACUGGCUGAAUGUUGGAGAUGGCAAGGAAACAAAUCUUGAGCUAUGCUCGAGGACAGUUCUACAGAGCCAAUGCAUCAAGUACCUUGGACCGGUUGAAACUGAAUUUGAACAACAAUGGGAGAUGGUAAGGCGGAAGAAUGGAAAAAUGCGAUUCACAAUGGUGAACAUGUUUGGGGUUAGCAGACUGUUGUUCAUGUUCACUAUUUUAGCACAGUAGAAGAUAAAAAGCUAAAAGAGGUAAUGGUGAUAUUGGAAACUUAAAGUAAGUUAAUAACUACUUUUAAAAGCUUAAAAUCAGUAACAGGUCUGAA